CAAAAUCAAUUCUCAUCUCAAGAAAGAAUGGAUCCAGUUCAAUCUCAUGGAUCACAAAGCUCUCUUCCUCCUCCUUUCCACGCUAGAGACUUCCAAUUACAUCUUCAACAACAACAACAACAUCAACAACAACAACACCAACAACAACAGUUCUUUCUCCACCAUCAUCAGCAGCCGCAAAGAAACCCUGAUCAAGAUCACGAGCAGCAAGGAGGUUCAAUAAUGAAUCGAUCCAUUAAGAUGGAUCGCGAAGAGACAAGCGAUAACAUGGACAACAUCACUAACAACAACAGCGGUAGCGAAGGUAAAGAGAUGAGUUUACACGGGGGAGAAGGAGGAAGCGGCGGUGGAGGAAGCGGAGAACAGAUGACAAGAAGGCCAAGAGGAAGACCAGCUGGAUCCAAGAACAAACCUAAAGCUCCAAUAAUCAUUACAAGAGACAGCGCAAACGCGCUUCGAACUCACGUCAUGGAGAUCGGAGAUGGAUGUGACAUAGUUGACUGUAUGGCUACGUUCGCUAGACGCCGCCAAAGAGGCGUUUGCGUUAUGAGUGGUACAGGAAACGUUACUAACGUCACGAUACGUCAGCCUGGAUCGCCACCUGGCUCGGUGGUUAGCCUCCAUGGCCGGUUCGAAAUCCUCUCUCUUUCCGGAUCUUUCUUGCCACCGCCUGCGCCUCCUGCAGCCACUGGACUAAGCGUUUACCUAGCUGGAGGACAAGGGCAGGUCGUUGGAGGUAGUGUGGUGGGACCUUUGUUGUGUUCGGGUCCUGUGGUGGUUAUGGCGGCGUCUUUUAGCAAUGCGGCAUACGAGAGGCUACCUUUGGAAGAAGAUGAGAUGCAGACGCCAGUUCACGGCGGCGGUGGAGGAGGAGGAGGUGGAGGUGGAGGAGGAGGAGGAGGAAUGGGAUCUCCGCCGAUGAUGGGGCAGCAACAAGCUAUGGCAGCUAUGGCGGCGGCUCAAGGACUACCACCGAAUCUUCUUGGUUCGGUUCAGUUGCCGCCGCCACAGCAAAAUGAUCAGCAGUAUUGGUCUACGGGUCGACCACCGUAUUGAUUAUUAGAUUGCUAUUAUUGUAUACACAUGAUCAAUCGA